AACCCUGGGCUUCCGGAUGUGACGUCAACGUUCCUUUCUCCUCUUCUUCCGUCUGUCGACGGAACUCUGGGCUCCCGGACUUGGUUGUUGUGUACGUGGAAGAAGCCGGCGCAUGCGCACACAGUGCCCUCCGUCUCAGCUGUGCGGGAAGAGCUGAGGGUAGGGUCCCCGGCUCGGGGGAGCCUGUUGGGGUCAUGGCCACCCGCUGACAGGGCCAGCCGAGCGGAGAAGGGAGGCGAAGCCGUUCUUCUGCACCUCUCCCUGGGCCUGAGGCCUUGCCGCUUGGUGCUGUUGCUGCCGCUGCCGGCUGAGGAGGGGCGAUGAGUUGGUUCAACGCCUCCCAGCUCUCCAGCUUCGCUAAGCAGGCCCUGUCCCAGGCGCAGAAGUCCAUCGACAGGGUCCUGGACAUCCAGGAGGACGAGCCGAGCGCCUGGGCCGAGACCAUUCCGUACGGAGAGCCGGGAAUAAGUCCUCCUGUCAACGGAGGAUGGGAUACUUCAACCUGGGGAUUGAAAUCAAACACCAAACCUCAAAGUCCACCAAUAGCCUCUCCUAAGGCAAUUACAAAGCCAGUUCGAAGGACUGUGGUAGAUGAAUCUGAAAAUUUCUUCAGUGCCUUUCUCUCUCCAACGGAUGUCCAGACCAUUCAGAAGAGUCCAGUGGUAUCAAAACCUCCAGCUAAAUCACAACGGCCAGAAGAAGAAGUAAAAAGCACCUUACAGGAAUCUUUGCACACUGGACAGUCAAGAACUACUGAAACAACUGAAUCAAAAGUAAAAGACUCGUCUCUGUGUGUAUCAGGGGAAACUCUGGCAGCAGAUACUCCAUCACCUAAAACUGAAGGCAAACAUGAAGAAUCUGUUAAUAAAGAAUCUGACAUGAAGGUGCCAACUGUACAUUUGAAAGUAUCUGAAAAUGUAGUUAAUGUAAAAACAACUAUGGAAAGUGUAUCUAAUAUAUCUACACAGUCUGUCACAGCAGAAACAAAGGAUAUGGCUUCAGAAGCUAAGGAACAAAAACAUGAAGACAGACAGAGCAAUACACCUUCUCCUCCUGUUAGUACCUUCUCAUCAGGUACUUCUACCACCAGUGAUAUUGAAGUUUUAGAUCAUGAAAGUGUAAUAAGUGAGAGCUCAGCAAGUUCAAGACAAGAGACUACAGAUUCAAAAUCAAGUCUUCACUUGAUGCAGACAUCUUUUCAGCUUCUCUCUGCAUCUGCUUGUCCUGAAUAUAAUCGUUUAGAUGAUUUUCAAAAACUCACUGAGAGUUGUGGCUCAUCUGAUGCUUUUGAAAGAAUAGACUCAUUUAGUGUACAGUCAUUAGAUAGCCGGAGUGUAAGCGAAAUAAAUUCAGAUGAUGAAUUGUCAGGCAAGGGAUAUGCUUUAGUGCCAAUUAUAGUUAAUCCUUCAACUCCAAAGGCUAAGGUAGUUGAAUCUGUUGAAGGAAAAUCUGAAGAAGUGGUAAAUGAAACGUUAAUUAUACCCACUGAGGAAGCAGAAAUGGAAGAAAGUGGACGAAGUGCAACUCCUGUUAACUGUGAACAGCCUGAUAUCUUGAUUUCUCCUACACCGAUAAAUGAAGGACAGACUGUCUUAGACAAGGUGACCGAGCAGUGUGAAGCUGCUGAAAGUCAGCCAGAAGCACUUUCUGAGAAAGAAGAUGUUUGCAAGACAGUUGAAUUUCUGAAUGAAAAACUGGAGAAAAGGGAAGCUCAGUUAUUAUCUCUUAGUAAAGAAAAAGCACUUCUAGAAGAAGCUUAUGAUAACCUGAAAGAUGAAAUGUUUAGAGUGAAAGAAGAAAGCAGUAGCAUUUCUUCCUUGAAAGAUGAGUUUACCCAAAGAAUUGCAGAAGCAGAAAAGAAAGUUCAACUAGCCUGCAAAGAGAGAGAUGCUGCUAAAAAGGAAAUCAAAAAUGUAAAAGAAGAACUUGCCACUAGAUUAAACAGUAGUGAAACUGCAGAGCUUUUGAAAGAGAAAGAUGAGCAGAUCCAGGGGUUAAUGGAAGAAGGAGAAAAACUUUCCAAACAGCAGCUGCAUAAUUCUAACAUCAUUAAAAAAUUAAGAGCUAAAGACAAAGAAAAUGAAAAUAUUAUUACGAAGCUGAACAAAAAAGUUAAAGAGCUAGAGGAGGAGUUGCAACAUUUAAAACAGGUCCUUGAUGGCAAAGAAGAGAUUGAAAAACAACAUAGAGAAAAUAUUAAAAAGCUAAAUUCUGUGGUAGGACGCCAAGAAAAGGAUCUUGGCAAACUUCAAGUAGAUAUGGAUGAACUUGAAGAAAAGAACCGAAGUAUUCAGGCUGCCCUGGAUAGUGCAUACAAAGAACUUACUGAUCUUCACAAAGCCAAUGCUGCGAAGGACAGUGAGGCACAGGAAGCUGCUCUGAGCCGUGAAAUGAAAGCUAAAGAAGAACUUUCUGCAGCACUAGAGAAGGCCCAAGAAGAAGCCCGUCAGCAGCAAGAAACAUUAGCGAUUGAAGUGGGGGACCUUAGGCUGGCACUGCAACGUGCAGAACAAGCAGCUGCCAGAAAAGAGGAUUAUUUACGCCAUGAAAUCAGUGAACUUCAGCAGAGGCUCCAGGAAGCAGAGAAUCGAAACCAAGAACUGAGUCAAAAUGUUUCAUCAACAACAAGACCAUUGCUUCGACAAAUAGAAAAUUUGCAAGCAACCCUAGGGUCCCAGACAUCGUCAUGGGAGAAGUUAGAGAAGAAUCUUUCUGACAGGCUUGGUGAAUCCCAGACCUUGUUGGCAGCAGCAGUUGAAAGAGAGCGUGCAGCUACAGAAGAACUCCUUGCCAACAAAAUUCAGAUGUCUUCCAUGGAGUCACAGAAUUCUCUCUUAAGACAGGAAAACAGUAGAUUUCAGGCCCAGCUAGAAUCAGAGAAAAAUAAGCUAAGAAAACUGGAGGAUGAAAAUAAUAGGUACCAGGUUGAAUUAGAAAACCUAAAAGAUGAACAUGUAAGAACACUUGAGGAGACAAGGAAAGAAAAGACACUGUUGAAUAGUCAGUUAGAAAUGGAAAGAAUGAAAGUUGAACAAGAAAGGAAGAAAGCGAUUUUCACUCAAGAAGCAAUAAAAGAAAAGGAACGCAAGUCAUUUUCUGUUUCUAGCACUCCCACCAUAUCACGCUCGAGUUCAGUAAGUGGAGUUGAUAUGGCAGGACUACAGACAUCUAUUCUGUCUCAGGAUGAGUCUCAUGAUCAAUCAUUUGGACCAAUGUCUGGAUCAGCAAAUGGAAGCAAUCUUUAUGAUGCUGUAAGGAUGGGAGCAGGAUCAAGCAUUAUUGAAAAUCUACAGUCUCAGCUAAAGCUAAGGGAAGGAGAAAUUACUCAUUUACAGCUAGAAAUUGGCAAUCUAGAAAAAACUCGAUCAAUAAUGGCUGAAGAGCUAGUUAAAUUAACAAAUCAAAAUGAUGAACUUGAAGAGAAAGUAAAGGAGAUACCCAAACUUCGAACUCAGCUAAGAGAUUUGGAUCAAAGAUACAACACUAUUCUGCAGAUGUAUGGAGAAAAAGCAGAAGAGGCAGAAGAACUUCGAUUAGAUCUUGAAGAUGUAAAAAAUAUGUAUAAGACCCAAAUAGAUGAGCUUUUAAGACAAAGGCUCAGUUAACUUGUGAAAAUUGAAUUCCCAUCGAACUGAAUGUAAACAUUUACUAACUAAAUGUAGACUUCCAAUAAAUUCUUUUAUAGAAUUAGAAAAUGGGAUUUACUAUACAGUACAAAUUUUUUUAAGGUUGUUUUACAGUAUGUAGUAAUAUUUACAGUUAAAUUAUUUUGUGCAAUAUCUGAACUUUAUUUUUGAAACUGUUCUUUAAAGAUUUAUUUUUAAAACAUUCUCUUUUUUUUUGUCUUGAAUAGCAGAGAUUUAUUAUCCUCAUAUCAAUAUGGCUAAGGAAGGAGAGUGGUAUUCAUAUAUGUAUUGUAGAUAUAUAACUAGUUGUAUCUAUAAUUUAUAUAUGUUUGUAUAUACUGAGAACAUUUAAAGGGUAAUACUAACAUUGCAACUUUGAAAUCUUUCACAUUUAAAUUUUCAACAUGUCUUAAUUACUGCUCAUGAAAAUGUAUAAGAAGUGUUAAAAAAGUUAUUAAAACUAUGAUUAUUAAA